AUGAACGAGAUGGCGCUGGCUGACCCGACGUUCAACAGGCGAGGACGCGUCGACAUGCUGAUCGGCGCUGAAUACUUCUGGAAUCUGCUGGAGGAUGACCGACUCGAGCUCGGCCCGAACCUGCCAGUGCUGAGAAACACGAAACUGGGAUGGAUCGCUGGAGGAGUGGUCGCUAGCGACGCACGGGUCGUCGCGCGUACUUUUUGCCAGACCGCAGACGACGAGCCGCUCAUCGAGCUGCUGAAGAGCUUCUACAAGGUGGAGGCCUGCGACGAGUUUUGCCCAUCGGCGACGGCGGAAGACGAGGUGUGUCUGGAGCACUUCCGGCGCACACACGAACGAAACGAGGAAGGACGGUACGUUGUGCGGCACCCCUUUAACGAACGGAAGCUGGAGCUGGGCGAUUCACGGGAGAUGGCGCUGCGGCGCUUUCUUGCGCUCGAACGGAAGCUGGACAAGCAACCGGAACUGAAGGAGCAGUACUCGCAGUUCAUCCGGGAGUAUGCGCAGCUCGGACACAUGCGAGAGAUCGAGGAGAAGCCAAACGAAGAUCCGGGAGCAGGUUUCUACUUGCCACACCACUGUGUGCUGAGGCCCACCAGUACGACGACGAAACUGCGAGUCGUAUUCGACGGGUCAGCGAGGACAUCGAACGGCGUCUCGAUCAACGACGUUCUGAUGACUGGGCCAACAGUGCAGAACGACCUCACCGCGAUUCUGCUCCGCUUUCGGGGAUUCCAGUAUGUCUUUACGCUGGACAUUCCCAAGAAGUUCCGCCAGGUGGGCGUGCAUCCCGAGGACACGAAGUACCAGCGCAUUUUCUGGCGGUACGAUCGGAACGAUCUGCUAAGCGUCUGGGAAUUGCAGACUGUGACGUACGGCCUGGGACCCUCGCCGUUCCAGGCGACAAUGGCGCUCAAGCAAGCUGCGGCCGACCACCAAGACGAGUUCCCGAGGACUGCCGAAGUCGUUGAGAAGGGGACAUACAUGGACGACAUCCUGACGGGUGCCGAUACGCUAGAAGAAGCUUGCGAGCUGCAACGAGAAGUGACGGGUCUGCUGGCGAAGGCCUGCUUCGGCGCUCACAAGUGGUGCGCGAACCAUUCCGACAUUGUGCGCGCAGUCCCCGAAGAGCUACGAGGAAACUCGUUCGAAGUCACCGACGACAACGCGAAGACAACCGUGAAGACGCUGGGCGUAACCUGGAACCCUUUCGAAGACUGGUUCUCUGUGUCGGUGCCUGAUUUCGACGAACUGGACGAGAUGACCCGGAGGAAGCUCUUGAGUCAGCUGGCCAAGAUAUUCGACCCGCUGGGAUUCUUUGGCCCUGUGAUCACCUACGCGAAGCUGAUCCUGCGAGAGGUCGGCGAGUUGCAGAUUGAGUGGGACGACCCGGUUCCACCCGACGUCGGCUCAAAGUGGCGGAACUUCCGCAUCGAAAUGACCGCUCUGAGGGAGGUGCGGUUGCCAAGGUGGAUCUCCUGGAAGGGAGCACUCAAGUUGGAGCUGCAAGGAUACGCCGACGCGUCCGACCUGGCGUACGGGGCUUGUCUGCACGUGGAGGGCUUCUUCGCUGACGGGAAAACCGAGAUGCGACUCAUCUACAGCAAGUCUCGCAUCCUACCGAAGAAGCGCAAGGCGAAGGAAAAGGCCAUCUCGACCCCGCGAGCCGAGCUACUGGCAGCACUGCUGCUCGCAAGGAUGGUAGUCAAGUUUCUGAGCGCGACGGAACUGAAGUUUGCUGCGGAAACUCCCGCAUCUGCUGCAUUCGUCUCGAAUCGGGUGAGCGAGAUUCAGCGAUUGACGGAAAACUUCUUUUGGCACUACAUUCCGUCAGAAGAGAACCCGGCCGACCUGAUCUCGAGAGGAAUCCACCCGAAGAAGCUGAUGACGUCCAAGAAGUGGUGGCGGGGCCCGCCACGCACCCCCGUUGUCGAGACUGGAGACGAACUCGAGAUUCCGGACGAGGAGCUGCCGGAGAUGCGAGCCGGUGUUGCACUGGCGAUGACUGUUCCUGUUGAACGAUUCCCGAUGUUUGACAAGGUGAGCAGUUUUACAGAAGUCGUUCGUAACAUGGCCUACUUGAUGCGCUUUGCGAAGUACGUCAUGUCCAAGAAGAAGGAGCUGGUGAAGGGAUUUCUCACUGCCAAGGAGACGCGAGCUGCAACGCUCGAGAUCAUGCGACUGGUCCAGCGUGAAACGUUCCAACCAGAGAUUCUCGCGCUGAUGGACGGCGCGGAAACGAAACACCGGCUGUGCGGGCUGAAUGCCCGUCACCAGAUGCUGCUGCCGGCCAAACACUCGAUCACCGAAGCUCUCGUCCGAGAGCUGCACCUGGACAACCUGCACAUCGGCCAGAAGGGGCUGCUUGCGAUCGUCCGACAGCGCUACUGGCCACUGAACGUCAAGAACACGAUCCGCAAGGUAAUCCGGAACUGCGUAAGGUGCUUCAAGGCGAACCCACUGAAGACGACGCAGAUGAUGGGCGAUCUGCCAUCGUACCGCAUUCGACCUGCUCCGGUCUUCUCGACCACCGGAGUGGACUACGCCGGACCUUUUUGGAUUAAGUCGUCUUCCGCAACUCGCAAGCCGCAGGUCACGAAGGCCUACGUGAGUCACUUUGUGUGUAUGCAGACCCGUGCCAUACACCUCGAGCUGGUUUCCGACCUGACGACGGACGCGUUCCUGGCGGCCUUGAGACGCUUCACAAGCCGACGUGGAUGUCCGAGAACGAUGCGGUCGGACAACGCAACGAACUUCGCGGGAGCCAAGAACGAGCUGAACGAGCUGUGGCGGCUGCUCCAGGAUCAGCGCGCUACCAAGAAGAUCGCCAGCUACUGCACCGACAAGGGGAUUGAAUGGUCGUUCAUUCGCGAAGCCCGCACUUCGGCGGCAUUUGGGAGGCCGGCGUGA